UCGGCACGGCCCGGCCCGGCCCGGCCCGUCCUCCUCCCGAUUUUGACCAGGACUCACAAAGCCUAAGCCCCGCCGCGCUCUCGCGCUCGCGCUCGAGUCUCGCUCGCUCGAUCUCCCGAUUGCUUCCGCCGGGGUUGGAUUCCAGUCCACUCGAGGCCGACGAUCAAAACAGCCAAUUUCUCGACGUCCCUGUGGGCGAGGAGUGUGCGUGCGGGUUGCCCAGACGAGGGUCGGCAAAAAAGGAAGCAUGAGACUGCUGGGGAUCGAGUCGCGGGAUUGAGCGAUUGAGCGGAGGACGGUGGGUGGCUGGACUCUUGUUGAGUGUGGAUUAAGAGCUGGAGCAGGGAGUGGAAAGGCAGCGGAAGUGCAUAUUUAGGGUCAGGACAGGAUGGCGAGCGCGGAGCAGCUCGUUUUAGAGUUGAUUGUGCCUGAGCAGAGGGAGAACGCGCUCCUCGACCUUUCGAAAAAACGCGAAGCUUUCCCAGAUUUGGCACCUAUUUUGUGGCAUUCAUGCGGUACCAUCGCAGCGCUCCUUCAGGAAAUAGUCUCCAUCUAUCCCAUGCUGUCUCCGCCGACACUCACGGCUGGUGCUUCCAACAGGGUCUGCAAUGCAUUGGCACUCCUACAGUGUGUCGCUUCCCAUCCUGACACCAGAGCUCAUUUCUUGAAUGCCCAUAUUCCACUAUAUUUAUACCCUUUCCUCAAUACCGUGAGCAAGACUCGUCCGUUCGAGUAUUUACGUCUCACCAGUCUUGGAGUCAUUGGUGCUCUUGUAAAGGUUGACGACACUGAUGUUAUCAACUUCCUUCUUUCUACUGAAAUUAUACCCCUCUGUCUACGAACAAUGGAAAUGGGAAGUGAGCUCUCGAAGACGGUGGCAACUUUCAUCGUUCAGAAAAUUUUGUUGGACGAUGUGGGCUUAUCGUACAUAUGUGCCACUGCGGAGAGAUUCUUCGCAGUGGGUGCUGUUCUCGGCAACAUGGUCAACAUAUUGGCCGAAACCCCAUCUGUCCGGCUUUUGAAACAUAUCAUACGAUGCUAUCUUCGGCUGUCUGACAAUCCAAGGGCCUGUGAAGCUUUGAAGUCUUGUCUUCCAGAUCUACUCCGGGAUGGUACAUUUAGUGCUUGUUUGCGGGAGGAUCUGACCACCAGGAGGUGGCUGACUCAGUUACUAUUGAAUGUCGGUGGCGGUCAGAUGCACCCACCUCAACGAGUUCCUGCAGGUAUGGCUGGUGGUCCGCUUUCAUCCAUGGAGCAGCUAAUCGGUGGACAGUAGUUUCUGUGCGAGCUCCUCCUUCAGGAGCUUCAGUAAGUUGCUGUAAAUGUGGUUCACACAUCCGAUGGUAAGCUAAUGGGGUACCAGACGUGAAUGCCCGUUCUGUCCAGAAAUGACUGAUCAUCCACAGAAUAUCCAUGUCCACGGUUUGAACAUAUAGAGAACUUUCUAUAUCCCUCUGCGCCAGUACCAUAGUGGGACCUUUGUAAAAUCGGAAAUGUGUCUCUAGAGAUUGGGUGUUAAAUAAGCAGUACAGUUUCUCUUAAGUACAGAUUGUGCCAAUGAUGCCAAGAAUAUCGAAUUUCAAAUGUUGGGUGGAGUAGUGGUCGAAGUGUUUCAGCUAGUGUGGCAUUGGUCGCCGUCUCCACCUUCUCGAUUAUGCCUCACGAUGGAGGGUAUCGACCUUCCCAUCUCUGUGACCCUACUAAUAUGGUUCGGUACGGAUACUUUGUACAAUAGUGGUGGGCUUUUGCCCUCUGUAGAUCAGCACUCUUGUGUAAGAAGACAAGAGAUUUGAAGCCCAUAAAGUUGAGGUGGGGUCCCGAUUACGUAGACAGAAGAACAUGAAAAGUGAGAAGCAGAGGUGUAAACUGAGAGCCAGCUUGUAUCAUGCAACCAGUUUUGUGAUUAGUCAUAAAUUCACCAUAAUUUCGGUGAAUUUAAGAAUCUUAAGGCCUUUGGAUACAGUUUUUAUAACUUUUGACUUCUUUUUCGGCUACGCGUGUCAGUCAAGUCACCUGAAAGAGACUGAGUCAGUUGAGAUUCACUUUGGUU